GGCGCGCUUCCUUCCGGUCGUCGCCGCGGGCGGGUUCGCGCGGCGCCACCUCCUGGGCUCGGGCACCCACGGGCGCCAGCACCUGGCUCCGGGGGGCGCGGGCUCCGCCGACCGCUGGUGCCGCCGCUCGGGCCCCCGCGGGCCGCGCCUCCUCGCCAUGGGCCCCCUCUCGGCGCGGUUGCUGAUGCAGCGGGGCCGGCCCAAAUGCGACCGGCUUGGGAAGAUCCGGAGCCUGGAUCUGUCAGGGCUGAAGCUGCUCUCCGAGCACCUGGACCCCAAACUCCUCUGCCGCCUGAAGCAACUGCAAGAGCUGGACCUCUCCAACAACCAGCUGGAGACUCUGCCUGCCAACCUGGGGCUGUCCCACCUGCGCGUCCUCCGCUGCGCCAACAACCAGCUCGGGGACGUCACUUUUUUGUGCCAGUUUCCAGAGCUCCAGGAGCUCAGCCUGGAGGGCAACCCCUUCCUGACAGUCAGUGACAACCUGAAAGUCUCCUUCCUCCUGCCCAAGCUCCGCAAGGUCAACGGCAAAGAUGCUUCCUCGACUUCCACUCAGGUGGAGAACCUGAACCGGGAGCUAACCAGCAGGGUCACCGCUCACUGGGAGAAGUUCAUGGCCACGCUGGGCCCCGAGGAGGAGGCUGAGAAGGCCAAGGCCCAGGCAGACUUCGUGAGGUCGGCUGUCCGGGACGUUCGCUACGGGCCCGAGUCCCUCAGCGAGUUCACACAGUGGCGGGUGCAGAUGAUCUCUGAGGAGCUGGUGGCCUCCAGUGGGACCCAGGUGGCUGAGCCAGACAUGCCAGAGAGCCCCACAGAGGCCGCGGCUGCCCCCGAGCCCAGGGCCAGGCUGGUGGCCUUGAAACGGCUAGAUGACGUCCCACUCAGCCUCUCUCCCAGCAAGCGCGUGUGCACCUCCCCAUCGGCCUGGGUGGAGGGCAGCCCCGUGGGCUCUGAGGGCAGCCAGCCUGCCCUGAAGCUGGAGCCCCUGCACUUCCUACAGUGCCACAGCAAGAACAACAGCCCGCAGGACCUGGAGACCCAGCUGUGGGCGUGUGCCUUCGAGCCGGCCUGGGAGGAGGGGCACUCGAGGGCCACGUCCCAGACUGUGGCCACGUGUGGUGGGGAGGCUGUUUGCGUGAUCGACUGCCAGACGGGCAUCGUACUCCACAAGUACAAAGUGCCCGGUGAGGAGUUCUUCUCCGUGGCCUGGACAGCCCUGACGGUGGUCACACAGGCGGGCCACAAGAAGCGCUGGAGCGUGCUGGCGGCUGCGGGCCUGCGGGGCCUGGUCCGGCUGCUGCACGUGCGUGCCGGCUUCUGCUGCGGGGUCAUCCGGGCCCACAAGAAAGCCAUCGCCACCCUCUGCUUCAGCCCCACCCACGAGACCCACCUCUUCACAGCCUCCUACGACAAGCGGAUCAUCCUCUGGGACAUUGGGGUACCCAACCACGACUAUGAAUUCCAGGCCAGCCAGCUGCUCACACUCGACACCACGUCCAUCCCGCUGCGUCUCUGCCCCGUGGCCUCCUGCCCAGACGCCUACCUGCUGGCUGGUUGUGAGGGUGGCUGCUGCUGCUGGGACGUGCGGCUGGACCAGCCCCAAAAGCGGAGGGUGUGUGAGGUGGAGUUCGACUUCUCCGAGGACUCCGAGGCGUCAGGACGGAGAGUGGAUGGGCUGGCGUUUGUGAAUGAGGAUGUCGUGGCCUCCAAGGGGAAUGGCCUGGGCACCAUCUGCCUGUGGAGCUGGAGCCAGACGUGGGCAGGCCGGGGCAGCCAGUCCACGGUGGCAGUGGUCGUCCUGGCCCGGCUGCAGUGGUCACCCACCGAGUUGGCCUAUUUCUCGCUCAGCGCCUGUCCUGAUGAGGGCACUGUGCUCUGCGGGGACGAGGAGGGCAACGUGUGGAUCUACGAGGUCCGGCACAUCCUGGAGCAGCCACGCCCGCUGCCCGCAGCCCCGCAGCCCCCCACACAGAUCCUCAAGUGGCCCCAGCCCUGGGCUCUUGGCCAGGCAGUGACCAAGACGAUGGUGAACACGGUGGUGGCCAACCCCAGCCUGACCUACCUCACCGCGCUGACGGACUCCAACAUCGUAGCCGUCUGGAAGCGGCAGUAGCCUCACGCAGCGCGGCGCGGGGUGCCUGUCUCUCUCACACAGCACCAGGGACACAACUUAACUUACUCAGCUUUGGGGCUCAUGCUCGGGGUCUUUUUAUUAGUGAAUAUUUUUAUUAAACUCUCUGCUAUCAAA